AUGGGCCUCAUCGCCCUGAUCUGCUGGCUCAGCCUGCGCCCCAGCCGGCCCGAAUUCCACAUCCACCACUUCACAAUCGUGGGCCUGGGCCAGGCCGACGGGUUCGAAUCCACCCGAAUCGUGUUCAACGUCUCGGUCAGGAACCCGAACCGGAGGCUGAGAAUCUCCUACGAGUCGUUAUCGGCGUCGGUGUACUACGGCGGGGAGCGGAUUGGGUCCACGCCGUCGCUUUAUUCGUUCGAUCAGCCGCCGGAGAACACGUCGUACGUGCACCACGUGCUGACCGGCGGGGUAAUGGCCGGGAACUACGGCCAGCCGUGGAUGGAGAUAGUCAGCGACCGGGCGCAAGGAAUGGUUGACUUCCGGUUGGAGCUGAGGUCCACGAUUCGGUAUGAGAAGGCGAUAUUGGACCUGAAGCGACACCGUUUGCGUCCCAAGUGUAAUGCUCCUGUUGGGCCGGAUGGGCUUCUGUUGCCCGAUUAUAGAGACAAACGAUGUUCCCUCUAA